CCUCCGUAAGCCUCGCGAGUUAUGUGAUUUCCGUUUUCUUCAUCCAGCAUGGCUACGCUGUAUGAGGGAUUCACGUUGUGCGGACUUGUACAUGCACAAAAUGCUUCCGAUUCUGGAAUUCAGGGAAUUGAAUUGGAUGGAGACAGCGACCAUGUUGUGGUCACCGACUCGACGAGAAAUGUCACUUUGUUCAAGGUUUCCGAUCAGAAGCCGCUGGGUAGUUGGACGGUGAAACAGGGUCAGACUCUAACCUGUCCCACGGUUUACAACACACACAACAAGGAGUAUGUUGGAAUCUCAGACAACAAAGUUAUCAGAGUUUGGAGAGAUGAUGACAUACACUUAGACAAAGCAUUCAAAGCAACUGUAACUGCAGACGUGUGGAGGAUCCACUCGGGCCCCGAGGGGGAGCCUGUGGUCCUGUUCCAGCGAGGGGGGGUCAGGCUCCUGGAUGCCCUCCUCUCUGCCCCUCAACAGGCCAUCGAGGAGGUCCUUACAGACGAGGAGGUCAUAAGGUGGAGCACGAGCAUCGUGGUCAAGCAACAGCGAUUUGUCCUCUUCACAACAGAACAGCGAGGACAGCAGGUCCUCUAUGUCCAGAGGCUGAACCCAAACACCUUACAGAAAUACACCCUGGAGAGAGAGGACUCGGGACUGUUACCACUGAGCUACUCUGCCUCCGUCAGGGACGGACACGUCAGCCUGCUCUGUCUGUACCCUAACGGGUGUGUGUACCAGAGUGUGGUGGCGCUAAGGAGGCCGGUGGAGUCCGAGGGGCCCCAGGCGCUGCCUCGUAGCCUGCUCCUGAGGCUGCCUGUGGGGGAGGGCCAGCUGGGGGCCGCCUCGGCCGUGUCCCUGGACGAGGCCCACGUCGCUGUGGUGGGGGUCCCUCACCCCUCCGCAGGGGCCGGGAGAGAUUUCCUCUGCAUUUGGAACACACAUUUUCAAACGCUCCAAGCAGGCAAGGAGAUGACAGGCAGAAUCUAUGGACAGCUAUGGUGUUAUUCUGGAAAGCUGUUCAUCCCGCACGGGAAAACGCUCUCAGUCAUUCCCUACGAGUGUCAGAAGUCCUGCUUGGCCUCAGUCCUGGGGAAACUGAAACAGACUGGAGAAGCAGAGCCCAGACCUUCAGGCAUGGUGGUGUGUUGGAACUCUCCCCUUCAUGGAGACCAAGCCCAGCCUGGUAGAGGGGUGGAGACAAGGAAGGGGAGGCUGACUAGGAAGAGCCAAUCAGCACCCUCUCUGACUGUCGACCAAGUGCUGGAGCUUAUCAAGACCGCUCCAGUGACGGAGGUCCAGAGGGAGGUGGAGGCUCUGUUCUCCAGGGCCGAUGCCCAGGACCUGCAGCCCUCCCUGGGCACGCUGGCCUGCCACCUGGUGGCACGCUGCCAGGCGGAGCCUGCCUUCUACACACCCACCACCCUGGCUCAGCUGGUGCACACCCAGUGCCUCUGCCACAGUCUGUGUCCCGACCUCCUGCUGCUGGCCCUGGAGAAGAAGGACUACUUCCUGUGCCAGCUGUGCCUGCAGCUCUUCCGAGACAUCCCCGAGGCGGUCACCUGCGCCUGCCUCAAGGCCUUCCUCAGUGUCCCCGACGGCGAUGCCGAGAUGGUGAGCCUGGAGCCAGACAGCGUCUCCUUCAUGGAGGGCCUGGUGGCUUCCGGACGGGGCCCGGGGGCCCAGCAGAACGGCUUCAGCCCCACCCUGUACGAGGAGGACAGCUGCGACGUGCCCCCCAGUGGACAGCCCAGGCCCGAGGAGGGGAAGGACGGUCAGCCCCCCAGGGAGAGCUGCCCUGUGGGGCUGCACAAGGCUGUGCUCCUAAAUGAGGUGCUGCAGACGGCAUACAGUGACUGCUUCCUGCUCCCCCAUCUUAAGGACCUCUCCUCACAGGAAGUCGUCCUCUUCCUCCAGUACCUCCAGUUCCUCUAUAUGAAAUACUCUCAAGAUUUCUACACACAAGCAAACAUGGGUUUGAGAUUGCCCACAAUGACACAGAUCAUGGACUGGGUGUGUUUGCUGUUAGACUCUCAUUUCACCGUCUUGGUCAUGGCCCCGGAAUGCAAGGGCCUCCUCAUCGACCUUCAGAGAUUCGUCAAGAAUCAGGUGAGGCUGUUCUCAGAGUUGGGGAAGAUGGAGGGCAGCCUGGAGGAGCUGCAGAAGAUGAAGCAGUCCAAGGAAAUGGGCCAGUACGCCAUCGAAGUCAUCCAGUUGUUUUAGACUAAUGAUGUGUACAGAUUUUGUUUUUAACUGAAACUCAACAUGGUUGUUCUCCUCCCACAGCCAGUUUAGCUCACAGCGGUUAUGACUGAACCCCGAUUUUGUCUUUUGGUGAAAGAUUCUCACGGGAGUCCAUGUUAGGGGACUUGGUGGGGGGAGUCCAUAAUGUGUGCCGUUUGUGAUUCGAGACUUUGCUGACAUGCAAACCGCUAUAACUAGGUGUUCUGACCAUGCCUGUCAAAUGUAUCCAAAGUGUAUUUUUAGUACUGUCUGCAGAGAUUAAUUAUGCAGCAAAAUAUAGACAUCUUCAAAUGUAAUCUCAAACCUUCUUUUGAACAUAAUGAAGUCUAAAACUACAAACUGGAUACAUAAACCAGCUGUUUAUUAUGAAUAAUUGUAAAUCUGCCCAUCUUGGUGAAUUGUGUCACAUUUUCUAGAUGCCAAUUCUAGAUGUUAAAUGUGUUGCAUAAUCUCAAGAGGUUAAUUGUUUUCAUGUGACAGUAUUUUAUUAAAAAAAAUACCUUUCUGUGC